AUGGAGAGCGACAAAGGCAAGCGAGCUGAUGCGACCCACCCCGCGACUGGCGACAGCACCAACAAAACUAGCGAUAGUUACACGCCGCUUGCGCCCAUCACCACGGAAGCACACCGUAACAGCGAUCGGGCGAAUACCAGAGACACGGCUCCAGAUUGCAGCAACGAAGACGAGAUGGCACCGCUACCAACAUCGCCGAUCUUACCCUUGGGGCCAGAGAAACUACACGUUCUCCUGACAUACUCGGCUCUACUGGCGUUGACACGACAUUCUUCGCAGCCAGUAGUUGACUUGGACAUGCAGGCUCAAGUUCGACAGCUCGACGCCUUUCUGGCUGGAGAUAUCACCGACGAAGGUGUCGCAACACACUGGUCCGUCGAAAGUCAGCGAUCCGAGCGGCUUCAGCGUUACCAAAACUUGUGUGACGAGCUCGUCCCCAAUUUGACAGCUGCGGUCAAGAAGCAGUCGCGCGAGAACCUGAACACGGAGCCCAAGAACCGCGUACAUGGAGACAGGAACCCGGAGCAUCGAUCGCUCUCGCAGCUAUUCUUGGCCAAGAAUCUGGUAGACAUGUACGGUGCGUGGGUGGAGAAGGCCAGAAAAAAGGGCAUUGACCCUGAUGUCGACCCUUGGACAAACCCGACAAAGUUCAGUAAGGUGAUUCCGGUGUUCGAGUCGAUUUUCACACUACAGUAUAACUUCGACGAUUGGCAACACACGUCACCCAAGCCGGUGUUCAAUCAGACGGCGCGGCUCGAUGCCGAAGAGUUCAUGCGCGUGAUGGACAACCGCGACCAAAUUCGAGUGUAUCACCGUAUGAACACCCCGCUCGGGAACGUCUUCGCGCAAAUGGACGUCAUCCCAGAAAUCGCCACCAAGUACAGUAAAGACGAGUUGACCAGCAUGUGGCGCGACAAGACUCGUCCCAAGUAUCUGAUACCCGAUCCCACGACCGUCACGAUCCCGAACAAGCAGAAAAACACGUAUUGGCAGAGAUCAGAUGACGGAAAGACCUGGACGCGCGGCGAGACAAGCUGGGCACCUACCUUCAAGUUCAUGGUCUUCGACACAGCCACGAAUGCGUACAUCCACGAACACCUCGUCGACCUCGACCACCUUGACCAAAUCGAUCUGAAUGACGAUACUUCGGUUUUGAAGUACCGCAAGAAGCUCUCGCAAUGGCGCAAUCGCGACACUGGUGAGACGACCAAGAUGCGCGAUCCCUGGACCGAUGAUGAGCGUGCCAUCGUUUACGAGUGGGUGAACACUUGGGUCAAGAAGAACGGCGUGAACAAGCUCCUACCUCGGGUCAUGGAGAGUGGGAGGGAGGAUCUCCAGGCUACCCUUGUGGCAAAGACAGGUUUUCUGCGUUCAGUUGACUCGGUCAGUGGUUGGGCAAGACAGCAGAUCACCAAUAAACCCAACGAGCCCCUAGGCAUGUUAUACAUCAAGGGCCAGAAGCUGGCUGCGCUUAUUGAAGCCGGUGAAAGCAUCCCGGACGACGAGCGGUACCCUGACCAGGCUAUCGACGUUGCAGACUUCUUGGCAAAGGCGAACCCGCAGACAUCGUCCGAACACCACAAAUCCGGCAAGAAGCGUAAGCUUGAUUCCGACGACGACGACACUACCAUCGAAUCCGGCUCUGACGAAGAUUUGCUACCCUCUUCCCCGCGCAAGUCUGACAAACGUCCUCGGCUCAGUGCCAAAGGCAGGAUACAACCUGGAAGAGACGCGCAUCUUACCAAGGCCGAGAUGGAUGCUCGUAAUGAAGCGUAUGCUGCUAAGGAAGUCGAUGAGACGGCUGACGACGAUGAGGACAUCAACCGCGAAGUUGACAUGAUCUUCGAGUUUGGCGAUGAUGAUGAGGAAGAAUUAGUUGAGGAGAAUGACUAG